UAAAUAACGAAACCUUGACGUUUCGUUUUACGGAAAAAAUAAACUCCAUUGCUUCCUUGUUUCUAUGAGCCCCGCCUCUAUGGUUUAAACUUCAGCUUGGAGAAACCUUUUUUUCAGCUUUCGUCUGGGACUUGGCUUGAAACUAUCAGCAUGACGAGCUCUUCUUUUACGAUGCAGACUCUUGGAUUUAUUCUUCUCGUAGCGAUUCUUCUGCAAACUGUAGCCGUUGCUGUAACUUUUAUAUACUUCAGCAACGCACUUACAACGAUGAAAGAAACGUUUUCUAAAAGCAGUAUUUCGUGCCUUAUGCGGGCCAAUAUGAGGACCCUCCGAGAUUUGGAUAUAAGCUCUGAGGAAGGAAAUGAUGACCCCUGCUGGCAAGUAACGCAACAGCUCCAUCUCCUGAUGGAAAAGACUACAUCAAAUCACUAUCAGAAGGAAAUAUCUUCUGCUGUAAAAGGUGAAGUGUCCCGUGUUUUGCCAUCCCUGACAAUAGGAAAUCAAGACUCUCCACGCCCUGAGAUUGCAGCUCAUCUCACAGGAAAUUUCAUGGCCAGUACAGAUGAAAUAGAAAGUCCAAAACCAAGGAGAGUUCAAGGUCAAAAGAUUCAGUCUUGGGAGUCUGAGAGAGGCCUGGCUUUUGUUCACAAUCUUAUAUUAAAUAAUGGAGAACUCAUCAUCCCACAAGCUGGUCUUUAUUACCUCUACUCUCAGACCUACUUCAGACACUCUUUACCCUUGGAUGACUCUGAAGCAGCAGACAACUCAGUGAAGAACAAGCAAAUGCUGCAGUACAUUUACAAAAAGGCUUCCUCUUACCCCGAGCCCAUGCUUCUCAUGAAAAAUGCAAGGACAACAUGCUGGUCCAAAAAUGCAGAGUAUGGGCUGUAUUCCAUCUACCAGGCUGGUGUGUUUCAGCUGAAUGUCAAUGACAGGAUAUUCGUGUCAGUCAGUAACAUCAGCAUCGUCGACAUGGAUGCGGAAUCAAGUUUCUUUGGUGCCUUUUUGGUCAGCUAGUCGGAGGUGGCAUUUUGGCUGUCCUACCAUUUCAGCUGGUCAUACCUCAUGUUUGGGGGCGUGGACUCAGAAGAGUAUAUAGCCUUUUUUCACCAGUGUGCAUGUCUUACUAUCUGUGUUCAUGAGAAGAGACUGUAAAGAGUUGUGCAGGCAGGUGCCACCUGUUCCUUAUUGCAUUUAAUGCAGAGCUGCUAGCAGCAGUUUGUCCUCAGGUACAUACAGUACUGACAGCCCCACCUCACCUGUGCAUCUGUGCACUGUUCAAGUGGCACAGGGGUGCUGGCUGGAAUAGAAACACCAAAGGAUCAGAGACCAUACAGGAGGGCAGUGGUGAGACAGUGCAGUAGGCAUCAGUGGGAAGGCGGUGGAAAUGAGAUGCAGGCAGGGCAAGAUUGGAGAUGCCUGGCUAGGUCAGUCUCAGAUUUAACACACUAUAAAGCAGUCUGACCCCAAGCUUCUUUCCCUGUCUGUGUGUCUCAUGGAGAGCAAGCUGGGGUAUGUGAAAAGACAAAUUCCUAAUGAAAGAAAUUGUAUGUGGCCAAUAAAGUGAUCUUAUCUUUUCAAGGAGUUAUGUAAAUAUUCUGCAUUCCCUUAUAGCUGUUUUAAACAACAAGACUGAAGUCCUGCUUUCUUAAAAAAAUCUAACAUUACCAAGACAUUUUAAAAAUUGGACCUUGGAAAAGGUUUCUUUGAAUAAUUUCCUAGGGUUCUUCGUCUGUACUCUUGAACUUAUUGAUAGGUGACAUUAUUCUCUGGGAGUACUAGACACGUCAGCAGUUCAUUCAUGACCCAGGAACAGCCAGUCUGUGAAUUCACAGCAGUGGAAGAGCAGGAUAAGCUCCAAGAAAGUCAGUAGGCUUUAAGGUGGCAUUUAAAAACUUCCAAGGCUUUCAAUGAGCUCUUGAAAGAAAAAGACCUGGAAACAGAUACUGCUUUAAGGGGAUGCAGUUAUUACUGAAUACACAUAUCUACUUACAGUAAGUAAACUACAGUAUUUCGAAUAUUGGGGUUUGUACAUUUUGUUCAUAAGUGAAGAAAAUGAGUUACCUUUGAACUUCUAAAAUACACCUGUAUUUGAUUUUUUAUUUCCUCUUAUGUCUUGUUUUGCUCCUUUUCCUUUCAACCCAUGAUUUAUUCAGCCAAUUUGCAAAGACAAAGAUUUUCAGCAGAGAGACAACGGAAUGGAAUUGUGAAAACAAGGCACUUUUAAGGUAUUACAAGGAUUCACUGAUAAAGGAAGGUAAGCAACAAGAUUGCAGAGAAUUGUGCUUGUGUUGAUUGAAGUGAUGUCGAUUGUACAUUGUGUAUGUUGUAGAAGAUGUGUCAUGGUGUAUAUUUCUCAGCAGUGUUAUUUAUUUGUAAAUAGUUUUGUACAGUCACUUUACUAGCUCUUUGUAAAAUAGACUCCAUCAUUUUGUAAACAGAGUAAAGAAUAUGCUUUAUUUUCAAAGGGAUACUACAUUUAAUGUGAAGUUCAAUUAUUUUAAUUUUUUAUGUUUCAACAGCUUUAUAAAAAUGAUUCAUUACUUAACUGAAAUGUAGCAAAGAAAUGUAAUCACCCACAGUUAAUUGCUGUAAAUUAUAUCAAUUAAAGCUAAAGGCCAUUGCACUCCACAAGACACUUUAAAAAGAUAAGUCAACAGGAACACUAAAAAGGGCGUAGUAGCAGUGAUUUUGGGAAUGUUAUGUGAAAUCAUGUAACAGACUUAAAUUUAAAAAGAUAUGCACUUUUUAUCUUUUUUUUAUGGGACAAUAAAGCAAAGCAUUAUGAUAUUAAA